AUGGACGAGGCAACCACUUUAUCACCUUCUUCAUCGGGGACUUCAUCGGAAGAGGCUCCUGUAGUUACAUCUACAACAACAACAUCAUCAUCGGAGAUUGUUUUUACUACGACAUCCAUUGGACGUGGUAAAUUUUCUAAAACCGUCAAGUUGGAGUUGGUGAAUGGCUUGAUUGGAACUUUGCGAGUUACGGGUUGUGGUUACUUUUGUCCAACUUGUAGAGUUGAAAACGCCAAGCCGAAACUUUCUCAUGUAACACUCGUGCGAGAUGUACCAAGAAGUUAUGUUCUAAGCUUUGAGUUUGAUCUUUCAACUUUGGAAAAUUCAGAAAAACCUGUGAAAUAUAUUUCUCAAACGACUGAAAAAGGUGGAGACAAGACAACCUACAAAAAAUUGCAGAAUGGAGUUUGUACAAUUGAAAUUCCAGAGAAUGUGAAUGCUGUUUUUAAAUUUAACAUGCACUCGUCAAAGAUGGGGAAAGGAUUAUUGAGGGCGCCUGACACGAAAGUAGAGACUGAUUUUAUUUUGUGGGUUCCAACUAUUUCAAAGGGCCUUUACACCAAAGAAAGAACAUUGGGCGAAAAAAUGUUAGCUGGCUUUGAUUUUGAGGAACGCAGAGAAUGUCCUUUCAUCCGAGUAACACGCACAAUUAACCACAAAACCGACAAACUGAUAACAUUUUUAAGCAACAAGAUGUUUUUUAAGAAAGAUAGGAAAACUUAUACAUCAUUCGCGAAAUUAUUAAUUUCUACACAUGGGUUGAUGUCGUUCAAAGUUGAAGCUUACUUGUAUAAGGAUGACAAUGAACCCAAUGAAAACAUGAAUGGAUCAAGUAGUAGUAACACCAACAACGGAGAAUAUCCAUUGAAACUUGACAAUAUUGAAACUUUGUUCCCUGUAAAUAACAAAUGUACAUUGAGAAAAGAAAAAUUGUAUGAAAUCUCCUCAAAAUUUACAAACUACUUUACAUCCAAACCUAUUUAUUUACCAUCACCACAAGAUAUUCCCGAGUCAUAUCACCCCAAAAAGAGAUUGAAAGAAGAGGCAAGAAAGCUUGCAAAUUCAAUGGAGGACAAUGCCGAUGAGCAAAAUUCGAAAAAGAAGCAAAAACUAACUCCAAACUCAUCAAACGUUGGCCAUCUUGACGAAUCCAUAUCAUCUACUUUAUUUAUUGCCAUUGAAGACGAUAUCAAUAAUAACGCCGCUCCAACUGAGAUUUGUCCACACAAACCUUUCAUUCAAUCAGAAAUUCAAAAUCUAGAAAAUGCACAUGUAUCCAAACUCGAUUUGUUAAAAAUGGCAGUCCAAGAAUGGCUCUCUCGACCCUCAAACGACGAAGAAGCUAAUAAGGGUUUGUCACUCAUGAAAAAUACUAGUACAAGAAAAUUGGUACAGAGUGUCAUUUAUAGAAAUAUUGAUUCUAAUAUUUAUCAAGUCCUAGAUGUCAUUUAUGAAGCUUCCAAAAUGAUGAAUGUGAAUCACGAUGCAUGUCUCGACAAAGCAUUCAAACAUUUAGAAUCUCAAUUUCUACAUACAACAACAGAACAGUUACCACAGCAUGAAGAACGAAAAUAUCAAUUUUGCAACCUAUUGAACUCAAAGCUCCCAAUAGUCAAAGAAUUUGAGUCCAUUAUUGAAUUGAUACAAGGAUGUUCAGCAUUUUUCAGCGCUACUCAACCCCUCUCCAUAUCCACAUUCCAUGAAUUGCAGCGAUAUGCUCUGACAUUAUAUCCUCAAGAAGCCAAUGAUAUCCAUUCAUAUUUCACUUUGCACGUAUUUCCAUCAUUACAAUUGCAAACGGAAAGAAACAAUCAUGAUUCGCAUGCUGAUGAUCCAGUCUAUCCAUAUGUUGAAAAGGGCAUGUCACAACACGAAAUGCAGAAACGAGUGAUGGAUCUUCUCAUGAAAUUUAAGGAACCAACCAUGGGCCAAACGUUUAUGAAAAAGUAUGUGAAUCAAAUUCAAUCAUUGAACCUUGAAGAUGGACUAUCAGAGUUGUAUCAACAAACAAUUCAAGAAUAUCCACAUUGGGAAGAUGAAGUGAAGGAAGCAUACGAAAAAUGUUUACAAAUUCUUGAAGAACAACUCUUGAAUCAAUGUUUCGACUCACAACGACGAUCGUCCUUUGGUUUUUCUUUCAAGCAAGAAUUUAGAAAGUGA